AAGGUGUAAAAGCAAUUUCAAAUGAUUCCAUUGAUAUUUUAUUUGGAUUUGCAUUACCAACCACAAAAGAUGUUGAAUCCCUAAUGCCGUCCACUUGGAAUCAAUUUUAUUUUCUGGGAUUACUUUAUAUUCCUGAUUAUAAUCUUCGUUCAACUGGACUUGAAAGUUUCUUCAUUCCCCUUGAAUUUGAAGUUUGGAUUUGUUUUAUCUUUGUUGUGAUAUUCUAUAGUUUUUUUAUUAUCAGCGUAAAAUAUAUCUAUAGAAUGAAAUUAAUCAAGGAAUAUUUAAAAUUUGACGAUCUUUUACGUAUUUUUCUCAAACAAGAUGUGAGUGAAACAAAAAAUGGUGGCUUACGUUUUGCCAAGGGAUUAAUGUUAUUAUUUGGCCUUAUAAUCACAAUGGCAUACGAAAGUAUGAUAACAAGUAGUUUUUUAUCAAAAAGUCCACCCAUAUUAUUUAAUACAUUGACCGAAGUAUGUGAAUCAAAUAGACGUUUUGGUGGACCAAAAUUUAUACACGAAUUCAUUGAUAAAAAAUUAUAUUCUUGUUCAAGAAAUUUUUACGAUAGUUACGAGGAGGUAAAUGUAACGACAAUAAUUGAUAUGAUGCAUUUUAAUAAAGCAAUAAUGAUGCAUAAUGUGGAUAUCAAUAAUUAUGCAAUUUGGGUUUAUCGUGAUAGAUUUAAUCAUCGUACAUCUAAUCAAGCAUUUGCAUUUUAUCCAAGUUUAUAUUUUACAAAACCAAAACAUCCCUAUAAUUCAUUAUUAAAACAUUUAGUUUAUAAUUUUCACAGUUCAGGACUUCAAAUGAGAUUAAAGGAAAAAUAUAAACUUGGACAUAAAUUAUGUGAAACUUGCGAGGAUGAAAUUGCUGAACCAUUGACAAUAAGUCAAUUAAAAUUUUGUUGGUUUGCAUUGUUUAUUGGUUGGUUUACAAGUUGUUUAAUUUUAUCAUUGGAAUUUAUUUCAAUGAAAUUCAAUUUUUCCAUUUGUUAAUAAAAAUAAUUCAUCUUUCUGCAAUUUUUUUUUUUUUUUUUUAAUAAUAAAAUAGACGUUGUGUGUUAUUAAUAAUUAAAUUUAUUAUACACUUUCUAUUCUAAUAAUAUACAAAACUAUAAUUUUUUUUUUGGUUACAUAUAUUUAAUAUGUAAUAACAUAGUUGAUGUGUGUCACGUGACAUGUAAAUAAUUUUAUAUAUAAUAUAAUAUAUUUAUAUUCAUAUCUCUAGUUUACAUAAAAAAAAAAAAAACAACAAAUAAUUUACACGAUUUUGAGAAUUUUUAAUUUCGCGUGAUUAGCACCUACUUUCAUCGUUUAAAUCAAUAUUCACACGAAAUUGAAUUUCCUCAUAUUUUUGAUUUAAAAACGAAAAAAAAUUUUUAAAAAAAACCUCUUGCGCCAAAUUCAAUUCCUUUACUGUACAAAUUUCAUAUUAUUGAUUCUUUUCCUGUAAAAUAUUCCAAAUAUAUCAAGUAAUUAUUAUUAUUAUUAUUAUAAUUGUCUAUUGCACUGUUCUUUCUCUCUUUCUCUCAUAAAAUUCAAUAAUGAAAAAACAAAUUAAAUUAAAGACGCAAAAGGAUUAAUCAUUUUUUUCGUAAUUAGAAUAAGUCAGUAAAAAUUAGUAUCUAGUUUUUAUAAUUGAAUUACGUGUGUCUCUCUCAAAAUAGAUGAUAAAAAAAAGAAACAAUUUGUAAAAAAUUUAAAUAAUUUUUUUUUAGGUUGUCAAGAAUUUAAUAUUAACAGAUAAUUAUCGAUAUGAAAGGCACUCAAUCAGUGAAAAAAAAAUGAUGUGCGUUUUUCUCUAAUAUUAAAUAAAAUGUUAAAAAGUUCUUCGUAAAACAAUUACAAAAAAAAAAAUUUGUAAAACUCGAUUAUAAAAAGAUAAACUUUGGAAGCAUUAAAAUUAUUUUUUUUCUCCUUGUAAAAAGUCGAUGUUAAAUUUUCUAAAUAAUCAAUUUUUUCUGUAGACAAAAAAAAUCAAGAAUUUUUUUUUUUCAAUUCACCGAGGCACUUUAAGAGAAAAGGCUAAAAUUGUUUUUUUUUUUU